AUGGAAUCCGAGCCACUGGUUCCCCACGAGGCACCAUCUUCUUCGCCCGCCAGCAACCGCGUCUUGCUCCGCCUCUACACUUCCCACUUUCUGUCGACAUGGAACUCGCGCAUGUUUGAGUUUGGCGCUGUCGUGUUCCUGGCAUCGAUAUUCCCAGGAACUCUGCUCUACGCCUCGGUGUAUGCUCUAGUGCGCUCGCUAUUUGCAGUGCUAUUCUCGUCAUGGCUUGGGUCACUUGUCGAUCGAACGGAUCGAUUAUCUGCCAUUAGACAUUCCAUCAUAUGGCAACGUAUUCCUGUCGCGGUUUCUUGCGUUUGUCUGGGACUGCUCCUGAGAUCACCGCCUGGUCAUCUGUCAAGGCUGCUGUUCAUCGCGCUGGUUCUGCUUGCGGGCGUCGAGAAACUAGCUGCGACUGUCAAUACUGUCUCAGUAGAGAGGGACUGGGCUGUUGUGAUAUCUGAAACAUUGCUUGUUUCCAGGAAAGAUUUGAAUGCGUCUAUGAGACGAAUCGAUCUUUUUUGUAAGCUCGUCGCUCCCGUGGUGGUUUCACUGAUGGAUGGCUUGCUCUCCACCAAGGUGGCGAUCUGGGCUGUCCUUGGAGUGAACGUUACGGUCGUUCUCGUUGAGUACUUUGCCAUUGCAGGGGUAUACCACUCUGUUCCUCAGUUAGAUCGAAGCCAUGAAAGACAGGCCGCGGAUGAUGAAGAGGACGAACAACAGCCGCUUGAAGAACAUCUUGCCCAGAAUAUAUUCGCCCAGUACAUCCGGAGGACCGUCGCACCGUGGCGGGAAUAUGUAGGCCAGUCAGUCUUUUUAGCUUCCUUCGCCUUGAGCCUCCUCUACCUUACUGUUCUGUCUUUCGGUCCUACUAUGGUGACAUUCCUGCUGCACUCCGGCUUUAGUUCGCUAGAUGUCAGCGCCAUGAGGAUUGGAGCCGUCUUAACGGAGAUAUCAGGGACAUGGAUGGCCCCUUUGCUCAUGGAUCGUAUCGGACCUAUACGUUCAGGGCUGUGGUUCCUCAACUGGCAGUUCGGCACAUUGGCCGCCGCAGUGGCUGCUUUUGCCUUUGCAAGCGACAGGCCUCGCCUAGUUGCGGGAUGUCUCAUUACAGGUGUAGCGCUGAGUCGGUUGGGAUUAUGGGGUUUCGAUCUAUCUGUGCAAUUUCUGGUGCAGGAGAACAUUGAUCCGAGUAGCCGAGCUCGGUUCUCGGCGACAGAGAUGGCACUGCAAAGUGUUUUUGAAAUGAUAUCAUUCGCGACGACAAUUUUCUUUGCCGAUCCUGAUCAAUUUAAGUAUCCAGUUUAUAUCAGCUACGGGGCUAUUGCUCUUGCUGCGGUGUGUUUUGCGGCCUAUGUGCGCCGCGAGAGAGGCCAUCUUAUACACACAUCUAAAUGUAUGGGAGACAGCAGGCUAUAG